AAACAGAGACAUACUUCUGACAGACUGCAAACUUGUGACAGUGUGAAAAGUGCUCUCUUUAUGCUAGGGUGAAGGAGAGAAGACACGUUUUCAAGGAUGCUCAGGCGGGUGUGAGGCUUCUUUGGCGCAACGAUUGCGCACAGAAGUCAAAAAAGAAGAACACAAGAAGCAGACUGAAGCCCUUGGAUUAGCUUGAGCAAUCCAAGGAAAACAACAACAGCAUUUUCCUCACACCAGGACUGGUUUAGAGGAAAACAAAAUCAAGAUGGCUGACGAAGAGGACACCAGGGAAGUGCUCUUUCAAGACUGGGAGGGCCCAGACAAAACUGGCUUGACCAUUGAACACACAAGUGGAGGAGAGCUCCUCGUCAAAGAGGUGAAAGGGGAGUCACCUGCAGCACGAUCUGGAAAAGUAUAUGAAGGCGAUCAGAUUGUGGGUGCAACUAUCUACUUUGAAAAUAUGAGCUCCGAAGAGACAGCAGAGUUACUGAAAACAUUGAACAAACACAAAGUUGGACUGAAACUACAAAACAAAGGAGACAAAUCCCCGUGCUACUCACCCUUGAGCACACCAUGUCGUUCUCCAAUGGGCACCCUCACAUGGGAAGGGAAGUCACAGUUUGGAGCAUCAAGUCCAGAAAUCAUUCUCAGUGGAGAUGAUGAGGACUACAAGAGAAUAUACACAAAGAAGAUUAAACCAAGGCUGAAGUCUGAAGAUCUUGCAGAAGGAGUGGAUGUUCGUACAGAGCGACACAGCAGCACUAGCAGUGAUGGCAGUACUAUUACAACCAUCACUCGCCGCAUCACUACUUACACAGUGGAUAUGCCAAGUGGGAUAGGUGAGAAACUAGAACUUUCAAGCCCAGACUUCAAGGGACAACGGCAUGAAUCUGGAGAUGGCUCUCCUCGUGUCAGAAUAUUGCAUGGCAGUCCUACAGUUAAAGGGGUGGGAGAAGAGGGUGUUUUUGAGUCAUGCAAUGUAACCUAUACUGGUCUAAAAGGUAGCUCAACAGAAACACAUACAAGUGGAGAUCAGUCAAAGACAAUUAUAAGAGAGGGAACAGAAAGAAGUAAGGACCUCAGAUUCAAAGGACCUAAGUUUGGAGUUAUAGGUCACGAGGGCACUAAAAUCUUAAGAGAAAGUGAAGAACAGACAGCUGGAAGCACAGAUGAGUCUGAAAAACAGACUACAUCCGGUGAAAGUAAAAGCACUUUUAUAAAGGUUGUUACAGUAGGAGGGUCAGCAGAUGCAGAAUUAACCACAAAUGAUGAAAACAAAAGAUCAGCUAGUCUGUCUGUGUCACAAGAAGACAUUAAGUUCCAGAGACCAUCUGGAGACACAUCCCUCCACCUGAACAAGGGAUCAAGUUAUUUUGAUGUUAAAACGAUUGGAAAUUCUGCUGAUUCUGGAACGGUAUCACUUGUUACAGAAACUAAUGCCAACACUGGUUAUUCUUCACAUCCAGACAGAAAUUUAUUGACAAGUAGCCAAACUAGUCUUCCAAGUGCAAAGCCAGAAAGUGGAGAAAAAGAUGAGGGAGUUCCAGCAGCAACGAAAGUAGGGUUUAGAUGUCCUGAUAUAAACACUGAAAGAAAAGAAGGUGAUUUAAAAUUACCACUUAUAAACACAUCAUCAUUAAAGACCACUAGUCAAGGCAGCUCAGAAGAGGCCAUUAAAUAUCAAAAAAUGGAUUCAGACAUUGAUAGAUCUCAGGUAACUGACAGUGAUGGCUUUCAUUACAAAACACGAAUCAUAACAGAGAUAGACACGAGAAGUAAAGGUAAAGCCGACAUGUCAGAUUCAAAGGUAGGAGUUGAUGUAAGAAUGCCUGAGAUGAAUCUGAACUUGAAAGGUUCAACAAUCAAAGGUAAUGUGGAUGUAGAAAGUGUAAGGAUAGCAGAAGCCGACAAAAAAGAGUUUGAGUCAAAGCACGGAUUUCCAUUAUCCCAAAUUGAAACGCUAUCAGUUAACAACAAAGACCAAAAAGUUGAUGUGAGAGGGAAAAGUUGUAAAACUGAAAACGAUAUGUACAUUACAGAGCAAAACAUAAACAAAGAUGUAAAAAAAUAUGCGGAAGUGGAGGCAUCAGUCCAAACAAUACCCAGCAAAUCGGGAACAAAAAUGUCCAUGCCAGACGUAGAUAUCAACUUGAAAGGCUCAAAACAAAAAGGUCACAUGGAUGUUUCGCUCCCAAAGAUAAAAACAGAUAUCAAAUCACAUAAAAUUGACAUCAAGGGCCCAGAAGUUGAAGUUGAAGGACGAAAGGGAGAAAUUAAAAUGCCUGAAAUAAAAAUGCCCACAGUAAAUUUGAAAGAUCCAAAGGUUGUUAACAUUGACUUCCUUAAGGCACAUACAAAUGUGAAAGGACCUGAUGUUGAUAUUAAAGGACCAGAUGCAAAUCUGAAAGGGUCCAAAUUCAACAUGCCAAGAAUAACUGGACCAGAAAAAUCCAUGCAAGAUGUGGAUUUCACCUUGAAAGGCGCAAAAGUCAAAGGUGACGUGGAUGUAUCCAGUCCAAAAAUGAAAGGGAAUAUCAAAUCACCUGAAAUUGACAUCAAAGGUCCAGAAGUUGAUAUUGAACGGACAAAGGGAGGACUUGAAAUGCCAAAAAUAAAAAUGUCUUCACUGAAUUUGAAAGGUCCAGAGGUUGAUGUGUCAGAUGCUAAUCUAAAUCUGAAAGGACCUAAAGUAACAGGAGAUGUAGAUGUUAAGUUGCCAACGAUUAAAGGAGACCUUAAAGGUCCAGAUGUGGACAUUGAAGGCCCAGAUGUUGACAUAGAGGGUCACAAAGGUGGACUGAAAAUGCAUAAGUUCAAGAUGCCCUCAUUCGGGAAUAAAGGACCCAAAGACAAAGAUCCAGAUGUCGACAUCAACCUCCCAAAAGCAGAUAUUGAUGUGAAAGCACCGGAUGUUGAAAUUGAAGGAGCAGAUCUUGACAUUAAGGGACCAGAUGCAAAUCUCAAAGGGUCCAAAUUCAACAUGCCCACCAUAUCUGGACCGAAAAUAUCCAUGCCAGAUGUGGAUUUCAACUUGAAAGGCUCAAAACUCAAGGGUGACAUGGAUGUUUCAGGUCCAAAGAUCAAAGGAGAUAUCAAAUCACCUAGAAUUGACAUCAAAGGUUCAGAAGUUGAUGUUGAACGACCAAAGGGAGGAUUUGAAAUGCCAAAAAUAAAAAUGCCUUCACUGAAUUUGAAAGGUUCAAAGGUUGAUGUUCCAGAUGUUAAUCGUAAUCUGAAAGGCCCUAAAGUUCAAGCGGAUGUGGAUGUUAAUCUGACAAACAUUGAAGGAGAUCUAAAAGGUCCAGAGGUGGAGAUUGAAGGCGCAGACAUUGACAUGGAAGGUCAAAAAGGUGGGCUAAGAAUGCCUAAAUUUAAGAUACCUUCAUUUGGAUUGAGAGGCCCCAAUGUGGAAGGUCCAGAUGUUGACAUCAACCUCCCCAAGGCAGACAUUAAUGUGAAAGCACCGGAUGUUGAAAUUGAAGGAGCAGAUCUUGACAUUAAGGGACCAGAUGCAAAUCUCAAAGGGUCCAAAUUCAACAUGCCCACCAUAUCUGGACCGAAAAUAUCCAUGCCAGAUGUGGAUUUCAACUUGAAAGGCUCAAAACUCAAGGGUGACAUGGAUGUUUCAGGUCCAAAGAUCAAAGGAGAUAUCAAAUCACCUCAAAUAGACAUCAAAGGUCCAGAAGUUGAUAUUGAAGGACCAAAGGGAGGAUUUGAAAUGCCUAAAACAAAAAUGCCAUCACUAAAUUUGAAAGGUCCAAAAGUUGAUAUGCCAGAUGUUGACAUAAAUCUAAAAGGUCCCAAGGUUGAAGGGGAUCUGGAUGUUAAUCUGCCAAAGAUUAAAGGAGAUCUGAAAGGACCAGAGGUGGAUAUUGAAGGCCCAGAUUUUGACAUUGAGGGUCACAAAGGUGGUUUCAAAAUGCCUAAAUUCAAGAUGCCGUCAUUUGGCUUAAAAGGUCCGAAAGCGGAAGGUCCAGAUGUUGACAUCAACCUCCCCAAGGCAGAUAUUGAUGUAAAAGCACCUGAGGUUGAUAUUGAAGGAGCAGACCUUGACAUUAAGGGACCAAAUGCCAAACUGAAAGGUCCCAAAUUCAACAUGCCAAGCAUAUCUGGACCAAAAAUAACCAUGCCAGAUGUGGAUUUUAAUUUGAAAGGCCCCAAACUCAAAGGUGAUAUGGAUGUUUCAGGUCCUAAGAUCAAAGGAGAUAUCAAAUCACCACAAAUAGACAUCAAAGGUCCAGAAGUUGAUAUUGAAGGACCAAAGGGAGGAUUUGAAAUGCCUAAAAUAAAAAUGCCUUCACUAAAUUUGAAAGGUCCAAAGGUUGAUAUCCCAGAUGUUGACAUUAAUCUGAAAGGUCCUAAGGUUGAAGGGGAAGUGGAUGUUAAUCUGCCAAAGAUUAAAGGAGAUCUGAAAGGACCAGAGGUGGAUAUUGAAGGCCCAGAUUUUGACAUUGAGGGUCACAAAGGUGGAUUGAAAAUGCCUAAAUUCAAGAUGCCCUCAUUUGGCUUAAAAGGUCCCAAAGGGGAAGGUCCAGAUGUUGACAUCAACAUCCCCAAGGCAGAUAUUAAUUUUAAAGCGCCAGAUGUUGAUAUCGAAGGAGCAGACCUUGACAUUAAGGGCCCAAAUGCCAAACUGAAAGGGCCCAAAUUCAACAUGCCAAGCAUAUCUGGACCAAAAAUAUCCAUGCCAGAUGUGGAUUUCAAUUUGAAAGGCCCCAAACUCAAAGGUGACAUGGAUGUUUCAGGUCCAAAGAUCAAAGGAGAUAUCAAAUCACCUCAAAUAGACAUCAAAGGUCCAGAAGUUGAUAUUGAAGGACCAAAGGGAGGAUUUGAAAUGCCUAAAAUAAAAAUGCCAUCACUAAAUUUGAAAGGUCCAAAAGUUGACAUGCCAGAUGUUGACAUAAAUCUGAAAGGUCCUAAGGUUGAAGGGGACGUGGAUGUUAAUCUGCCAAAGAUUAAAGGAGAUCUGAAAGGUCCAGAGGUGGAUAUUGAAGGCCCAGAUUUUGACAUUGAGGGUCACAAAGGUGGAUUGAAAAUGCCUAAAUUCAAGAUGCCCUCAUUUGGCUUAAAAGGUCCCAAAGGGGAAGGUCCAGAUGUUGACAUCAACAUCCCCAAGGCAGAUAUUGAUGUGAAAGCACCAGAUGUUGAUAUCGAAGGAGCAGACCUUGACAUUAAGGGACCAAAUGCCAAACUGAAAGGGCCCAAAUUCAACAUGCCAAGCAUAUCUGGACCAAAAAUAUCCAUGCCAGAUGUGGAUUUCAAUUUGAAAGGCCCCAAACUCAAAGGUGACAUGGAUGUUUCAGGUCCAAAGAUCAAAGGAGAUAUCAAAUCACCUCAAAUAGACAUCAAAGGUCCAGAAGUUGAUAUUGAAGGACCAAAGGGAGGAUUUGAAAUGCCUAAAAUAAAAAUGCCUUCACUAAAUUUGAAAGGUCCAAAAGUUGACAUGCCAGAUGUUGACAUAAAUCUGAAAGGUCCUAAGGUUGAAGGGGACGUGGAUGUUAAUCUGCCAAAGAUUAAAGGAGAUCUGAAAGGUCCAGAGGUGGAUUUUGAAGGCCCAGAUUUUGACAUGGAGGGUCACAAAGGUGGUUUCAAAAUGCCUAAAUUCAAGAUGCCGUCAUUUGGUAUGAAAGGUACCAAAGGGGAAGUUCCAGAUGUUGACAUCAACAUCCCCAAGGCAGAUAUUGUUGUGAAAGCACCAGAUGUUGAUAUUGAAGGGGCAGACCUUGACAUUAAGGGACCAAAUGCCAAACUGAAAGGUCCCAAAUUCAACAUGCCAAGCAUAUCUGGACCAAAGAUAUCCAUGCCAGAUGUGGAUUUAAACUUGAAAGGCCAAAAACUCAAAGGUGACAUGGAUGUUUCAGGUCCAAAGAUCAAAGGAGAUAUCAAAUCACCUCAAAUAGACAUCAAAGGUCCAGAAGUUGAUAUUGAAGGACCAAAGGGAGGAUUUGAAAUGCCUAAAAUAAAAAUGCCAUCACUAAAUUUGAAAGGUCCAAAAGUUGAUAUCCCAGAUGUUGACAUAAAUCUAAAAGGUCCCAAGGUUGAAGGGGACGUGGAUAUUAAAAUGCCAAAGAUUAAAGGAGAUCUAAAAGGUCCAGAGGUGGACAUUGAAGGCCCAGAUGUUGAAAUUGAAGGUCCUAAGGGUGGACUAAAAAUGCCUAAAUUCAAGAUGCCGUCAUUUGGUUCAAAGGGUGCCAAACUAGAAGGUCCAGAUGUUGACAUCAACCUCCCUAAGGCAGAUGUUGAUGUGAAAGCACCAGAUGUUGAUAUCGAAGGAGCAGACCUUGACAUUAAGGGACCAAAUGCUAAACUGAAAGGGCCCAAAUUCAACAUGCCAAGCAUAUCUGGACCAAAAAUAUCCAUGCCAGAUGUGGAUUUCAAUUUGAAAGGCCCCAAACUCAAAGGUGACAUGGAUGUUUCAGGUCCAAAGAUCAAAGGAGAUAUCAAAUCACCUCAAAUAGACAUCAAAGGUCCAGAAGUUGAUAUUGAAGGACCAAAGGGAGGAUUUGAAAUGCCUAAAAUAAAAAUGCCUUCACUAAAUUUGAAAGGUCCAAAAGUUGACAUGCCAGAUGUUGACAUAAAUCUGAAAGGUCCUAAGGUUGAAGGGGACGUGGAUGUUAAUCUGCCAAAGAUUAAAGGAGAUCUGAAAGCACCAGAUGUUGAUAUUGAAGGGGCAGACCUUGACAUUAAGGGACCAAAUGCCAAACUGAAAGGUCCCAAAUUCAACAUGCCAAGCAUAUCUGGACCAAAGAUAUCCAUGCCAGAUGUGGAUUUAAACUUGAAAGGCCAAAAACUCAAAGGUGACAUGGAUGUUUCAGGUCCAAAGAUCAAAGGAGAUAUCAAAUCACCUCAAAUAGACAUCAAAGGUCCAGAAGUUGAUAUUGAAGGACCAAAGGGAGGAUUUGAAAUGCCUAAAAUAAAAAUGCCAUCACUAAAUUUGAAAGGUCCAAAAGUUGAUAUCCCAGAUGUUGACAUAAAUCUAAAAGGUCCCAAGGUUGAAGGGGACGUGGAUAUUAAAAUGCCAAAGAUUAAAGGAGAUCUAAAAGGUCCAGAGGUGGACAUUGAAGGCCCAGAUGUUGAAAUUGAAGGUCCUAAGGGUGGACUAAAAAUGCCUAAAUUUAAGAUGCCGUCAUUUGGUUCAAAGGGUGCCAAACUAGAAGGUCCAGAUGUUGACAUCAACCUCCCUAAGGCAGAUGUUGAUGUGAAAGCACCAGAUGUUGAUAUCGAAGGAGCAGACCUUGACAUUAAGGGACCAAAUGCCAAACUGAAAGGGCCCAAAUUCAACAUGCCAAGCAUAUCUGGACCAAAAAUAUCCAUGCCAGAUGUGGAUUUCAAUUUGAAAGGCCCCAAACUCAAAGGUGACAUGGAUGUUUCAGGUCCAAAGAUCAAAGGAGAUAUCAAAUCACCUCAAAUAGACAUCAAAGGUCCAGAAGUUGAUAUUGAAGGACCAAAGGGAGGAUUUGAAAUGCCUAAAAUAAAAAUACCUUCACUAAAUUUGAAAGGUCCAAAAGUUGACAUGCCAGAUGUUGACAUAAAUCUGAAAGGUCCUAAGGUUGAAGGGGACGUGGAUGUUAAUCUGCCAAAGAUUAAAGGAGAUCUGAAAGGUCCAGAGGUGGAUUUUGAAGGCCCAGAUUUUGACAUGGAGGGUCACAAAGGUGGUUUCAAAAUGCCUAAAUUCAAGAUGCCGUCAUUUGGUAUGAAAGGUACCAAAGGGGAAGGUCCAGAUGUUGACAUCAACAUCCCCAAGGCAGAUAUUGAUGUGAAAGCACCAGAUGUUGAUAUUGAAGGGGCAGACCUUGACAUUAAGGGACCAAAUGCCAAACUGAAAGGUCCCAAAUUCAACAUGCCAAGCAUAUCUGGACCAAAGAUAUCCAUGCCAGAUGUGGAUUUAAACUUGAAAGGCCAAAAACUCAAAGGUGACAUGGAUGUUUCAGGUCCAAAGAUCAAAGGAGAUAUCAAAUCACCUCAAAUAGACAUCAAAGGUCCAGAAGUUGAUAUUGAAGGACCAAAGGGAGGAUUUGAAAUGCCUAAAAUAAAAAUGCCAUCACUAAAUUUGAAAGGUCCAAAAGUUGAUAUCCCAGAUGUUGACAUAAAUCUAAAAGGUCCCAAGGUUGAAGGGGACGUGGAUAUUAAAAUGCCAAAGAUUAAAGGAGAUCUAAAAGGUCCAGAGGUGGACAUUGAAGGCCCAGAUGUUGAAAUUGAAGGUCCUAAGGGUGGACUAAAAAUGCCUAAAUUCAAGAUGCCGUCAUUUGGUUCAAAGGGUGCCAAACUAGAAGGUCCAGAUGUUGACAUCAACCUCCCUAAGGCAGAUGUUGAUGUGAAAGCACCAGAUGUUGAUAUCGAAGGAGCAGACCUUGACAUUAAGGGACCAAAUGCCAAACUGAAAGGGCCCAAAUUCAACAUGCCAAGCAUAUCUGGACCAAAAAUAUCCAUGCCAGAUGUGGAUUUCAAUUUGAAAGGCCCCAAACUCAAAGGUGACAUGGAUGUUUCAGGUCCAAAGAUCAAAGGAGAUAUCAAAUCACCUCAAAUAGACAUCAAAGGUCCAGAAGUUGAUAUUGAAGGACCAAAGGGAGGAUUUGAAAUGCCUAAAAUAAAAAUGCCUUCACUAAAUUUGAAAGGUCCAAAAGUUGACAUGCCAGAUGUUGACAUAAAUCUGAAAGGUCCUAAGGUUGAAGGGGACGUGGAUGUUAAUCUGCCAAAGAUUAAAGGAGAUCUGAAAGGUCCAGAGGUGGAUUUUGAAGGCCCAGAUUUUGACAUGGAGGGUCACAAAGGUGGUUUCAAAAUGCCUAAAUUCAAGAUGCCGUCAUUUGGUAUGAAAGGUACCAAAGGGGAAGGUCCAGAUGUUGACAUCAACAUCCCCAAGGCAGAUAUUGAUGUGAAAGCACCAGAUGUUGAUAUUGAAGGGGCAGACCUUGACAUUAAGGGACCAAAUGCCAAACUGAAAGGUCCCAAAUUCAACAUGCCAAGCAUAUCUGGACCAAAGAUAUCCAUGCCAGAUGUGGAUUUAAACUUGAAAGGCCAAAAACUCAAAGGUGACAUGGAUGUUUCAGGUCCAAAGAUCAAAGGAGAUAUCAAAUCACCUCAAAUAGACAUCAAAGGUCCAGAAGUUGAUAUUGAAGGACCAAAGGGAGGAUUUGAAAUGCCUAAAAUAAAAAUGCCAUCACUAAAUUUGAAAGGUCCAAAAGUUGAUAUCCCAGAUGUUGACAUAAAUCUAAAAGGUCCCAAGGUUGAAGGGGACGUGGAUAUUAAAAUGCCAAAGAUUAAAGGAGAUCUAAAAGGUCCAGAGGUGGACAUUGAAGGCCCAGAUGUUGAAAUUGAAGGUCCUAAGGGUGGACUAAAAAUGCCUAAAUUCAAGAUGCCGUCAUUUGGUUCAAAGGGUGCCAAACUAGAAGGUCCAGAUGUUGACAUCAACCUCCCUAAGGCAGAUGUUGAUGUGAAAGCACCAGAUGUUGAUAUCGAAGGAGCAGACCUUGACAUUAAGGGACCAAAUGCCAAACUGAAAGGGCCCAAAUUCAACAUGCCAAGCAUAUCUGGACCAAAAAUAUCCAUGCCAGAUGUGGAUUUCAAUUUGAAAGGCCCCAAACUCAAAGGUGACAUGGAUGUUUCAGGUCCAAAGAUCAAAGGAGAUAUCAAAUCACCUCAAAUAGACAUCAAAGGUCCAGAAGUUGAUAUUGAAGGACCAAAGGGAGGAUUUGAAAUGCCUAAAAUAAAAAUGCCUUCACUAAAUUUGAAAGGUCCAAAAGUUGACAUGCCAGAUGUUGACAUAAAUCUGAAAGGUCCUAAGGUUGAAGGGGACGUGGAUGUUAAUCUGCCAAAGAUUAAAGGAGAUCUGAAAGGUCCAGAGGUGGAUUUUGAAGGCCCAGAUUUUGACAUGGAGGGUCACAAAGGUGGUUUCAAAAUGCCUAAAUUCAAGAUGCCGUCAUUUGGUAUGAAAGGUACCAAAGGGGAAGGUCCAGAUGUUGACAUCAACAUCCCCAAGGCAGAUAUUGAUGUGAAAGCACCAGAUGUUGAUAUUGAAGGGGCAGACCUUGACAUUAAGGGACCAAAUGCCAAACUGAAAGGUCCCAAAUUCAACAUGCCAAGCAUAUCUGGACCAAAGAUAUCCAUGCCAGAUGUGGAUUUAAACUUGAAAGGCCAAAAACUCAAAGGUGACAUGGAUGUUUCAGGUCCAAAGAUCAAAGGAGAUAUCAAAUCACCUCAAAUAGACAUCAAAGGUCCAGAAGUUGAUAUUGAAGGACCAAAGGGAGGAUUUGAAAUGCCUAAAAUAAAAAUGCCAUCACUAAAUUUGAAAGGUCCAAAAGUUGAUAUCCCAGAUGUUGACAUAAAUCUAAAAGGUCCCAAGGUUGAAGGGGAUCUGGAUAUUAAAAUGCCAAAGAUUAAAGGAGAUCUAAAAGGUCCAGAGGUGGACAUUGAAGGCCCAGAUGUUGAAAUUGAAGGUCCUAAGGGUGGACUAAAAAUGCCUAAAUUCAAGAUGCCGUCAUUUGGUUCAAAGGGUGCCAAACUAGAAGGUCCAGAUGUUGACAUCAACCUCCCUAAGGCAGAUGUUGAUGUGAAAGCACCAGAUAUUGAUAUCGAAGGAGCAGACCUUGACAUUAAGGGACCAAAUGCCAAACUGAAAGGUCCCAAAUUCAACAUGCCAAGCAUAUCUGGACCGAAAAUAUCCAUGCCAGAUUUGGAUUUCAACUUGAAAGGCCCUAAACUCAAAGGUGACAUGGAUGUUUCAGGUCCAAAGAUCAAAGGAGAUAUCAAAUCACCUCAAAUAGACAUCAAAGGUCCAGACGUUGAUAUUGAAGCACCAAAGGGAGGAUUUGAAAUGCCUAAAAUAAAAAUGCCAUCACUAAAUUUGAAAGGUCCAAAAGUUGAUAUGCCAGAUGUUGACAUUAAUCUGAAAGGUCCUAAGGUUGAAGAGGACGUGGAUGUUAAUCUGCCAAAGAUUAAAGGAGAUCUAAAAGGUCCAGAGGUGGACAUUGAAGGCCCAGAUUUUGACAUUGAAGGUCACAAAGGUGGUUUCAAAAUGCCUAAAUUCAAGAUGCCGUCAUUUGGAAUGAAAGGUCCCAAAGGGGAAGGUCCAGAUGUUGACAUCAACAUCCCCAAGGCAGAUAUUGAUGUGAAAGCACCAGAUGUUGAUAUUGAAGGAGCAGACCUUGACAUUAAGGGACCAAAUGCCAAACUGAAAGGUCCCAAAUUCAACAUGCCAAGCAUAUCUGGACCAAAAAUAUCCAUGCCAGAUGUGGAUUUCAACUUGAAAGGCCCAAAACUCAAAGGUGACAUGGAUGUUUCAGGUCCAAAGAUCAAAGGAGAUAUCAAAUCACCUCAAAUAGACAUCAAAGGUCCAGACGUUGAUAUUGAAGGACCAAAGGGAGGAUUUGAAAUGCCUAAAAUAAAAAUGCCAUCACUAAAUUUGAAAGGUCCAAAAGUUGAUAUGCCAGAUGUUGACAUUAAUCUGAAAGGUCCUAAGGCUGAAGAGGAUCUGGAUGUUAAUCUGCCAAAGAUUAAAGGAGAUCUAAAAGGUCCCGAGUUGGAUAUUGAAGGCCCAGACGUUGACAUUGAGGUGCACAAAAGUGGGUUCAAGAUGCCUAAAUUCAAGAUGCCAUCAUUUGGUUUUAAAGGAUCUAAAGCAGAUGCUGCUGAUGUUGAUGUCAAUCUCCCUAAAUCAAAUAUUGACAUAAAAGCUGCAGAUUUAAACAUAAAAGGAAAAGGAAAGAAAUUCAGAAUGCCAAAGAUUACAAGUCCAAAGGUUUCUAUGCCAGAUAUUGAUAUGAAAACACCUGAGGUUAAUAUAGAAAAAGCAGACGUUGACAUCAAGGGACCAAAUGCCAAACUGAAAGGUCCCAAAUUCAACAUGCCAAGCAUAUCUGGACCAAAAAUAUCCAUGCCAGAUGUGGAUUUCAACUUGAAAGACCCAAAACUCAAAGGUGACAUGGAUGUUUCAGGUCCAAAGAUCAAAGGAGAUAUCAAAUCACCUCAAAUAGACAUCAAAGGUCCAGAAGUUGAUAUUGAAGGACCAAAGGGAGGAUUUGAAAUGCCUAAAAUAAAUAUGCCUUCACUAAAUUUGAAAGGUCCAAAAGUUGACAUGCCAGAUGUUGACAUAAAUCUGAAAGGUCCUAAGGUUGAAGGGGACGUGGAUGUUAAUCUGCCAAAGGUUAAAGGAGAUCUGAAAGGUCCAGAGGUGGAUAUUGAAGGCCCAGAUUUUGACAUUGAGGGUCACAAAGGUGGUUUCAAAAUGCCUAAAUUCAAGAUGCCGUCAUUUGGUAUGAAAGGUCCCAAAGGGGAAGGUCCAGAUGUUGACAUCAACAUCCCCAAGGCAGAUAUUGAUGUUAAAGCACCAGAUGUUGAUAUUGAAGGAGCAGACCUUGACAUUAAGGGACCAAAUGCCAAACUGAAAGGUCCCAAAUUCAACAUGCCAAGCAUAUCUGGACCAAAAAUAUCCAUGCCAGAUGUGGAUUUCAACUUGAAAAGCCCCAAACUCAAAGGUGACAUGGAUGUUUCAGGUCCAAAGAUCAAAGGAGAUAUCAAAUCACCUCAAAUAGACAUCAAAGGUCCAGAAGUUGAUAUUGAAGGACCAAAGGGAGGAUUUGAAAUGCCUAAAAUAAAAAUGCCAUCACUAAAUUUGAAAGGUCCAAAAGUUGAUAUGCCAGAUGUUGACAUUAAUCUGAAAGGUCCUAAGGUUGAAGGGGACGUGGAUGUUAACCUGCCAAAGAUUAAAGGGGAUCUAAAAGGACCAGAGGUGGACAUUGAAGGCCCAGAUUUUGACAUUGAGAGUCACAACAGUGGUUUCAAAAUGCCUAAAUUCAAGAUGCCGUCAUUUGGAAUGAAAGGUCCCAAAGGGGAAGGUCCAGAUGUUGACAUCAACAUCCCCAAGGCAGAUAUUGAUGUUAAAGCACCAGAUGUUGAUAUUGAAGGAGCAGACCUUGACAUUAAGGGACCAAAUGCCAAACUGAAAGGUCCCAAAUUCAACAUGCCAAGCAUAUCUGGACCAAAAAUAUCCAUGCCAGAUGUGGAUUUCAACUUGAAAAGCCCCAAACUCAAAGGUGACAUGGAUGUUUCAGGUCCAAAGAUCAAAGGAGAUAUCAAAACACCUCAAAUAGACAUCAAAGGUCCAGACGUUGAUAUUGAAGGACCAAAGGGAGGAUUUGAAAUGCCUAAAAUAAAAAUGCCAUCACUAAAUUUGAAAGGUCCAAAAGUUGAUAUGCCAGAUGUUGACAUUAAUCUGAAAGGUCCUAAGGUUGAAGGGGACGUGGAUGUUAAUCUGCCAAUGAUUAAAGGAGAUCUAAAAGGUCCAGAGGUGGACAUUGAAGGCCCAGAUUUUGACAUUGAAGGUCACAAAGGUGGUUUCAAAAUGCCUAAAUUCAAGAUGCCGUCAUUUGGAAUGAAAGGUCCCAAAGGGGAAGGUCCAGAUGUUGACAUCAACAUCCCCAAGGCAGAUAUUGAUGUGAAAGCACCAGAUGUUGAUAUUGAAGGAGCAGACCUUGACAUUAAGGGACCAAAUGCCAAACUGAAAGGUCCCAAAUUCAACAUGCCAAGCAUAUCUGGACCAAAAAUAUCCAUGCCAGAUGUGGAUUUCAACUUGAAAGGCCCAAAACUCAAAGGUGACAUGGAUGUUUCAGGUCCAAAGAUCAAAGGAGAUAUCAAAUCACCUCAAAUAGACAUCAAAGGUCCAGACGUUGAUAUUGAAGGACCAAAGGGAGGAUUUGAAAUGCCUAAAAUAAAAAUGCCAUCACUAAAUUUGAAAGGUCCAAAAGUUGAUAUGCCAGAUGUUGACAUUAAUCUGAAAGGUCCUAAGGUUGAAGGGGACGUGGAUGUUAAUCUGCCAAAGAUUAAAGGAGAUCUAAAAGGACCAGAGGUGGACAUUGAAGGCCCAGAUUUUGACAUUGAGGGUCACAAAGGUGGUUUCAAAAUGCCUAAAUUCAAGAUGCCGUCAUUUGGAAUGAAAGGUCCCAAAGGGGAAGGUCCAGAUGUUGACAUCAACAUCCCCAAGGCAGAUAUUGAUGUGAAAGCACCAGAUGUUGAUAUUGAAGGAGCAGACCUUGACAUUAAGGGACCAAAUGCCAAACUGAAAGGUCCAAAAUUCAACAUGCCAAGCAUAUCUGGACCAAAAAUAUCCAUGCCAGACGUGGAUUUCAAUUUGAAAGGCCCAAAACUCAAAGGUGACAUGGAUGUUUCAGGUCCAAAAAUCAAAGGAGAUAUCAAAUCACCUGAAAUAGACAUCAAAGGUCCAGAAGUUGAUAUUGAAGGACCAAAGGGAGGAUUUGAAAUGCCUAAAAUAAAAAUGCCAUCACUAAAUUUGAAAGGUCCAAAAGUUGAUAUGCCAGAUGUUGACAUUAAUCUGAAAGGUCCUAAGGUUGAAGGGGACGUGGAUGUUAAUCUGCCAAAGAUUAAAGGAGAUCUAAAAGGACCAGAGGUGGACAUUGAAGGCCCAGAUUUUGACAUUGAGGGUCACAAAGGUGGUUUCAAAAUGCCUAAAUUCAAGAUGCCGUCAUUUGGAAUGAAAGGUCCCAAAGGGGAAGUUCCAGAUGUUGACAUCAACAUCCCCAAGGCAGAUAUUGAUGUUAAAGCACCAGAUGUUGAUAUUGAAGGAGCAGACCUUGACAUUAAGGGACCAAAUGCCAAACUGAAAGGUCCCAAAUUCAACAUGCCAAGCAUAUCUGGACCAAAUAUAUCCAUGCCAGAUGUGGAUUUCAACUUGAAAAGCCCCAAAUUCAAAGGUGACAUGGAUGUUUCAGGUCCAAAGAUCAAAGGAGAUAUCAAAUCACCUCAAAUAGACAUCAAAGGUCCAGACGUUGAUAUUGAAGGACCAAAGGGAGGAUUUGAAAUGCCUAAAAUAAAAAUGCCAUCACUAAAUUUGAAAGGUCCAAAAGUUGACAUGCCAGAUGUUGACAUUAAUCUGAAAGGUCCUAAGGUUGAAGGGGACGUGGAUGUUAAUCUGCCAAAGAUUAAAGGAGAUCUAAAAGGUCCAGAGGUGGACAUUGAAGGCCCAGAUUUUGACAUUGAAGGUCACAAAGGUGGUUUCAAAAUGCCUAAAUUCAAGAUGCCGUCAUUUGGAAUGAAAGGUCCCAAAGGGGAAGGUCCAGAUGUUGACAUCAACAUCCCCAAGGCAGAUAUUGAUGUGAAAGCACCAGAUGUUGAUAUUGAAGGAGCAGACCUUGACAUUAAGGGACCAAAUGCCAAACUGAAAGGUCCCAAAUUCAACAUGCCAAGCAUAUCUGGACCAAAAAUAUCCAUGCCAGAUGUGGAUUUCAACUUGAAAGGCCCCAAACUCAAAGGUGACAUGGAUGUUUCAGGUCCAAAGAUCAAAGGAGAUAUCAAAUCACCUCAAAUAGACAUCAAAGGUCCAGACGUUGAUAUUGAAGGACCAAAGGGAGGAUUUGAAAUGCCUAAAAUAAAAAUGCCAUCACUAAAUUUGAAAGGUCCAAAAGUUGAUAUGCCAGAUGUUGACAUUAAUCUGAAAGGUCCUAAGGUUGAAGGGGACGUGGAUGUUAAUCUGCCAAAGAUUAAAGGAGAUCUAAAAGGACCAGAGGUGGACAUUGAAGGCCCAGAUUUUGACAUUGAGGGUCACAAAGGUGGUUUCAAAAUGCCUAAAUUCAAGAUGCCGUCAUUUGGAAUGAAAGGUCCCAAAGGGGAAGGUCCAGAUGUUGACAUCAACAUCCCCAAGGCAGAUAUUGAUGUUAAAGCACCAGAUGUUGAUAUUGAAGGAGCAGAACUUGACAUUAAGGGACCAAAUGCCAAACUGAAAGGUCCCAAAUUCAACAUGCCAAGCAUAUCUGGACCAAAUAUAUCCAUGCCAGACGUGGAUUUCAAUUUGAAAGGCCCAAAACUCAAAGGUGACAUGGAUGUUUCAGGUCCAAAAAUCAAAGGAGAUAUCAAAUCACCUCAAAUAGACAUCAAAGGUCCAGAAGUUGAUAUUGAAGGACCAAAGGGAGGAUUUGAAAUGCCUAAAAUAAAAAUGCCAUCACUAAAUUUGAAAGGUCCAAAAGUCGAUAUGCCAGAUGUUGACAUUAAUCUGAAAGGUCCUAAGGUUGAAGGGGACGUGGAUGUUAAUCUGCCAAAGAUUAAAGGAGAUCUAAAAGGACCAGAGGUGGACAUUGAAGGCCCAGAUUUUGACAUUGAGGGUCACAAAGGUGGUUUCAAAAUGCCUAAAUUCAAGAUGCCGUCAUUUGGAAUGAAAGGUCCCAAAGGGGAAGGUCCAGAUGUUGACAUCAACAUCCCCAAGGCAGAUAUUGAUGUUAAAGCACCAGAUGUUGAUAUUGAAGGAGCAGACCUUGACAUUAAGGGACCAAAUGCCAAACUGAAAGGUCCCAAAUUCAACAUGCCAAGCAUAUCUGGACCAAAAAUAUCCAUGCCAGACGUGGAUUUCAAUUUGAAAGGCCCAAAACUCAAAGGUGACAUGGAUGUUUCAGGUCCAAAAAUCAAAGGAGAUAUCAAAUCACCUGAAAUAGACAUCAAAGGUCCAGAAUUUGAUAUUGAAGGACCAAAGGGAGGAUUUGAAAUGCCUAAAAUAAAAAUGCCAUCACUAAAUUUGAAAGGUCCAAAAGUUGAUAUGCCAGAUGUUGACAUUAAUCUGAAAGGUCCUAAGAGUGAAGGGGAUGUGGAUGUUAAUCUGCCAAAGAUUAAAGGAGAUCUGAAAGGUCCAGAGGUGAAUAUUGAAGGCCCAGAUUUUGACAUUGAGGGUCACAAAGGUGGUUUCAAAAUGCCUAAAUUCAAGAUGCCGUCAUUUGGAAUGAAAGGUCCCAAAGGGGAAGGUCCAGAUGUUGACAUCAACAUCCCCAAGGCAGAUAUUGAUGUGAAAGCACCAGAUGUUGAUAUCGAAGGAGCAGACCUUGACAUUAAGGGACCAAAUGCCAAACUGAAAGGUCCCAAAUUCAACAUGCCAAGCAUAUCUGGACCAAAAAUAUCCAUGCCAGAUGUGGAUUUCAACUUGAAAAGCCCCAAACUCAAAGGUGACAUGGAUGUUUCAGGUCCAAAGAUCAAAGGAGAUAUCAAAUCACCUCAAAUAGACAUCAAAGGUCCGGAAGUUGAUAUUGAAGGACCAAAGGGAGGAUUUGAAAUGCCUAAAAUAAAAAUGCCAUCACUAAAUUUGAAAGGUCCAAAGGUUGAUAUUCCAGAUGUUGACAUCAAUCUGAAAGGUCCUAAGGUUGAAGGUGAUCUGGAUGUUAAAAUGCCAAAGAUUAAAGGAGAUCUCAAAGGUUCCGAGGUGGACAUUGAAGGCCCAGAUUUUGACAGUGAGGGUCCCAAAGGUGGAUUGAAAAUGCCUAAAUUCAAGAUGCCAUCAUUUGGCUUAAAAGGUCCCAAUGUGGAAGGUCCAGAUGUUGACAUCAACCUCCCCAAGGCAGAUAUUGAUGUGAAAGGACCAGAUGUUGAUAUCGAAGGAGCAGAGCUUGACAUUAAGGGGCCAAAUGCCAAACUGAAAGGUCCCAAAUUCAACAUGCCAAGCAUAUCUGGACCAAAAAUAUCCAUGCCAGAUGUGGAUUUCAAUUUGAAAGGCCCCAAACUCAAAGGUGACAUGGAUGUUUCAGGUCCAAAGAUCAAAGGAGAUAUCAAAUCACCUGAAUUAGACAUCAAAGGUCCAGAAGUUGAUAUUGAAGGACCAAAGGGAGGAUUUGAAAUGCCUAAAAUAAAAAUGCCUUCACUAAAUUUGAAAGGUCCAAAUGUUGAUGUUCCAGAUGUUGACAUUAAUCUGAAAGGUCCUAAGGUUGAAGGGGAUCUGGAUGUUAAAAUGCCAAAGAUUAAAGGAGAUCUCAAGGGUCCCGAGGUGGACAUUGAAGGCCCAGAUUUUGACAUGGAGGGUCCCAAAGGUGGAUUGAAAAUGCCUAAAUUCAAGAUGCCAUCAUUUGGCUUAAAAGGUCCCAAAGUGGAAGGUCCAGAUGUUGACAUCAACCUCCCCAAGGCAGAUAUUGAUGUGAAAGCACCAGAUGUUGAUAUUGAAGGAGCAGCCCUUGACAUUAAGGGCCCAAAUGCCAAACUGAAAGGUCCCAAAUUCAACAUGCCAAGCAUAUCUGGACCAAAAAUAUCCAUGCCAGAUGUGGAUUUGAACUUGAAAGGCCCCAAACUCAAAGGUGACAUGGAUGUUUCAGGUCCAAAGAUCAAAGGAGAUAUCAAAUCACCUGAAAUUGACGUCAAAGGUGCAACAGUUAAAACCAAUGUUCCAAGUCUUGAUAUUGAUCUAAAGCAUAGUAGUGAACCACCAAAGUUUCCAACGAUACCUGGUUCCAAACCCGCACUACCAAAUGUUGACAUAAAUCUGAAGGGAUCGAAAUUAAAGGGCGAAUUUAAAGGAGAGGGUCAAUUUCCAAAAGCUGAACUGAAAGACAUUGAUGUCUUGGAAGUCACUCCGAAAAAAUCUAAGUUUAAAAUGCCAAAGGUUGGAUUCAAGAGUCCAAAGAUAAAGACCUCAGAACCUGAUAUUAAACUGGAGCAUGGAGAUGUCAACAUUAAAGGAAAGACUGGGAGCCGAGAGGGACUUGAUGUUGACAUUGGUUUGUCUGGUUCAAAAUCUAAAAGUCCCAAAUUUAAGAUCCCAAAAUUUGGCCUCAAGGGCCCAAAUGUUGACAUGCCAGAAGCUGAUCCUUCAAAAUCUGCAAUUGACAUAAAAACCUCAGAUGUCACGUCAGCAGGAGCAGGAUUUGAUGUCGAUAUUCACAGUGGAAAACGUAAAGGAUUAAAAGAUGUGGAUUUAAAUCUGACAGGUCCAAAACUUAAAGGGGAUUUGAAUGUGUCAGUUCCAGAUGUAGAUCUAAACCUGAAAGAAGCCAAUAUAAAAGGUCCAAAGUUUGAAGUUGAGGGACUGAAGGGUGGAUUAGAAAUGCCCAAGAUCAAGAUACCAGCUUUUGGCAUCAAACUACCUCAGCUGGAAAAUUCAAAUGAUACUUUAACCAUUCCAAAUGUUAAUGCUGAUACAGUAACCCCCAAAGUUGACAUUGGUGGAGUUGAUGUUAAAGGCCCCGAGGCAAGUCACAAUGUUAAACUUCCAUCAGUAUCAGGACCCACCUUGCCAGACUUAAACAUUAAUCUUACAGGGCCAAAAACAAAAGGAAAUGUUAAUGUUAAUCUCCCUGAUACUAAUAUUGAUAUCAAAGCACCAAAGACAGAAAUCAAAGGAGCAGGAAAAAUAACACCACCUGAAGUUGAUAUCAAAGGUCCACAUGUUGAUCUUGGUGGUGGCAAAGAUGGGUUUGAAAUCCCUAAAAUAAAAAUGACAUCACUAGACUUUAAAGGCCCCAAAACAGGGAGUCAAGGUGUUGACAUCAACCUUUCCAAAGCCAAAAUAGAUGUUGAUUCCUCUAAAGUAGACUUUAAAGCACCCAAAGUAAAACUGCCAACUGUAUCAGGCCCCGAAUGGGAUAUUAAUCUGAAAGGUUCAAAUGUUGAAGGAAAAGAAAUUAAUGUUAACUUUCCUAAAACAGACAUUGAAAUUAAAGGACCAAAAUUAUCCAUGUCAGAUGUAGACAUGAAUCUUAAAGCUCCUGAUGUUGACAUCAAGGAUGCCAAGGUUCAUACUGGAGGGCCCAAGGUUGGUUUUAAAAUGUCCAAAGUCACACUCCCAUCAGAAUCAGAAGUUGAUGUAAAUUUUGCAAAAGCUGACUUUAACAUUAAAGCACCUGAAGUAAACAUAAAAGGACCAGAAUUUGAUUCCACUGAAGCAAGUCUUGAUGUCCCUGACAUAGAUGUGAAGGGGAAAAAGGGAAAGUUCAAACUUCCAAAAGUGAAAGGAAAAGCAAGGAAGCAAGAAGCUGAUAUUAAAACACCAGAAGUAGACCAGGGUAUUGACACACCGAAUAUUCAUGUGAAAGGGACAAACACUAAGAAGCCUCUUUUUGGUAAACUUCAUUUCCCUGAUGUAGAACUAGAUAUUAAAUCUCCAAAACUAAAAGGUGAUGGAUCUUUAGCUGAAGGAUUUAAAUCACCCGAUGCAAAUGUAUCAUCUGACAGUGCAAAGAUUUGUUUGGAAGGCCCUGAUGUUAAUGUCAAAGGAGGUCCAGAGAUUAGUGCAAGAACUUCAGGACAAUCAGCUAGUGGCCUUCAGUAUCCAGAGGGUACAAUACUAUUUCCAAAAAUCAAAGUGCCAAAGUUUGGCAUUCUUCAGCCUAAGGUGGAAGGCCAAGAUGUUGCAGGAAAAGGAAAAUCAGAUGCAAUGAUGGGUGGAAAAUUAGACCUGGAAGGUGAAUCUGGAGUCAGUUUGUCAGCUAAGGGAAAGUCAGCCUCACUGGAUCUAUUUAAAAAAUCAAAGCACCGAUCUUCCUCUGCCAGUGAUGAAGGUUCUCUUGGAGCUAGCUCUCCUUCAGCUCUUUCAGGAGCUGAAUGUGGUGACAUUUCAAUAGAUGUAGGAGGAACUAAGGUCAAAGGCAAGAAAGGCAAAUUAAAAUUUGGCACAUUUGGAGGUUUUGGAUCUAAGUCCAAGGGCUCAUACGAAGUAACACUUGGAAACGACAAUGAAGGAGAGAUAGAGGGGAGUACAGAUGCUUCUGUACCUCUGAAAAAAUCUAGAUUGUCGUCCUCCUCAAGCAGUGACAGUGGAUCAAGAGGUGCUUUCAGGCUUCCAAAACUUGAGCUAUCGGUUUCUCCAAAAAAAUAAUAGUAAGAUCAAUUAAACCUUCAUGCACUCAAAUACAAUCUCCUAAUGCAGUAUAAGUUUUGAACUUUAGUUCUUUUAAAUUUAAUAGAACAUGCACAAUUAUCUCUGUUUACCUAUGAAUGAUAAUUUUAAAGAAAAUGAAAUAGGAGAGAAUUAGAUUGUUAAAAAAUUCUUCAAACUGUACAUAAGAUAAAUGUAUACUUUUAUUAAUGAAUAUUGUUUUGUACAUAGUCCAGAUUUAUUAAUCUAUUGCAUCACACAAAAUUAUAGGUCAUACGUUUUGUUUCUUCUUUAAAUGAAUGAUUUUUAUUGAAUGGUUGUUACAUAUUCGUAACGAGGGGUCUACUGCAAAGAACAUACAUCACAGUUGUUUCGAAGGAAAAUGCUCUACACACAUUUGAAACACAAUUUUAAUUAGUUUCCAUUUUAGUACAUGUACAAUUAUGUUUUUUUUUUUCUAAGCUUCAAUAGUAGUCAGUGCAGAUUGUAUUUUUGCAAUGUAAUUUUGGCAACCUUCUGAAGAUUCAUAUACUUGUAUAUAGCAUAAUUGCAAGGACAAUCUUUUUGGAAAUUCUUUGAAGUGCUGUGUGUACUUCUGAUUGCUGUCUCUUCAUUUAAGAAAAGUUGUAAUUGCUAAAAUUUUGUGUCACAAUAAAAAUUAAAUUGCUUUGUUUAUUUUAAACUGGUUUCUUAAUCCUGUCAUUUUUACAUUCUAACAGUUAGUAAUCCUUUAUAUUUAAUUUCAUUUUUGACACUUUUUGUUUUGUAUAGACACCUAUUCCGGUCAUGUCACAGUCACAUCUUAAUAUCAUCUGUUUUCAAACAACUUCUUUGCAGGUAGAAAGAUGUAUACCAUUGAUAUUUGAUGGAGAGCAUAAUUUUUUGGAUCCAUGCUUCUGUGUGCAUUCUGCCAACUAAAUGCAAUAAAUGGAUUUAUAGAGAUUA